GAGCCGUCGCGGCGCUGCCCAGCCCUGCCCAUGUGUUCCAGGCCAACCCCUUCAAGGACCGCAUCUGUCGGGUGUUCUCCACCUCAGAGGACGGGGACGACAGCAUGUCCUUCGAAGAUUUCCUCGACAUGCUGAGCGUCUUCAGUGACGCCUCCACCUCCGACGUCAAGUCCUACUACGCCUUCCGCAUCUUCGACUUUGAUGACGAUGGGACUCUGGACAGAAAGGACCUGGAGAAGCUGGUGAACUGUUCGGACAUCGACAAGGACGGCACCAUCAACCUCUCCGAGUUCCAGCACAUCGUCUCCCGCUCCCCUGACUUCGCCAGCUCCUUCAAGAUCGUCCUGUGA